AUUAUCUCACUAUGAUCUCAGCUUGAAGUUUCGGAAGCUGAAAGUAUCACCAUACCGAUUUGAAGCUAACAAUACCGUGAUGAUAUAAUGGCUCGCGACUGUGAAAAGAGCGAUUCGGUCUUCGCGAUGAUAGACGGAUGAUAGACGGAGGUAUAAAGAGGCAGGAGGGAACGGAGGGCAAGAGACUUUGUUACUGCUUCAUCAUCAAACACAAUAACCUCUCCAACUGAACUCGAACAGAUCACCUUCAACCACAUUGUACUCCGGUUCCUAUUCGCAACCACACUCAAAUCGCAAACAUGCUCGGCAAGAUUGCUCUCGAAGAAGCCUACGAGAUGGCUGGCAUGGAAGCCAAGUCAGCUCGUGAGGCAGAACUUUACAUCCAUCCUAAAGACCGCGAGCGCUACAUGUCCCAAAUCAGCGACCUCAACGACAAGCGUGUGAAACUGGCCGAUGAACAUGGCAUCGGCUACACCAUCGUGUCUUUGACCGUCCCGGGCAUCCAAGGCAUCGCCGACCAAGCCGAGGCCGAAGCCCGCGCCAACGAGAUCAACAAUUGGGCCUACGAGCAGAUCAAGUCCAAGCCCGACAAGCUGGGCGCCUUCGCAACACUCUCCAUGCACGACCCCGUGCAAGCAGGCCAGGAACUCCGCCGUUGCGUCAAAGACCUUGGCUUCCACGGCGCCCUGCUCUGCAAUUGGCAACAUAGCGGUCCCAACGGCGAGACGUACUUGUUCUAUGACCAGCCCCAGUACGAUGCCUUCUGGAAGGUGGUCACUGAGCUCGACAUCCCUGUCUACAUACACCCGUCCGCCCCUGCGGACGUCAUCUUCGAAAAGCUGUACCUGCAGCGCAAGUAUCUCAUCGGCCCGCCCCUGUCCUUCGCCAACGCCGUGUCCCUGCACCUAAUGGGCAUGAUCACCAACGGAGUCUUCGACCGCCACCCCAAGCUGAAGAUUAUCGUCGGGCACUUGGGUGAGCACAUCCCCUUCGACUUUUGGCGCAUCAACCACUGGCUCGAGGACGUCGAGCGACCCAUCGCCAAGGCACAGGGCAAUGUCAUGUGCGAGAAGACGAUCUACCACUACUUCAAGACCAACAUCUGGGUCACGACCAGCGGCCACUUCUCCACGGCAACGCUGCAGUAUGUGAUCAAUGAGAUUGGUGCCGAUCGUGUGCUGUUCAGUGUCGAUUACCCGUACGAGACGAUUGAGAACUGCUGUGCUUGGUGGGACGGCGAGGCGGAUGCGGUCAAGAAAGCGGUCGGUGGUGUGGAGAACUACAAGAAGAUUGGAAGGGAGAACGCGAAGGCGCUGUUGAAGCUGGGGAAGUACCACGACUCGGAGGCCCCUGUUUCGUAGGGAAAUUUGCAUGUGCGAUAUAAAGUAGAGAAUCAUAGAUGUACACUAAAGAGG